AUGAAACUCAUCUUUUUGUGUCUUGUCUUGUUUUCAUUCGUUUCCUCGUCAAAUCCUCUCUUUGAGCCAAUAUUUUCAAAUCCUCAACGCUGUAAUAGAGCGGCUUUCUCCGGUGCAUUCACAACACUCAUCGCAAAUCAGAGUCGUCCGUCCGAUGAUUUGCUUGCAGCGCAUGCAUAUUUCUGUGAUGGGAAAAGAAUUGCGCAACUCAACAAGGACUUGCGUAACGGCGAACUAGCGAAAUGGCGUAACGUAACGGCGAAAUGGCGUAACGUAGCAGCGAACUGGUGUUCCACAUGU